UUGAAUCUUUUAUUUUGAAAGCAGCAUAGAGGAAGUAGAUGUUGCUGGGAGUCGACUAUCGCUGCGUUGUCGUGUUAUCCUGCUAGCUAUUUAGCUGAUUAGCUUAGCAGACCCAACAUUCAACAGCUGAAGAGGAUAUAGCGUAGGCAUAAUGUUGGUCCCCAUAUUCACGCUGAAGCUGAACCACAAGAUUAACCCUCGGAUGGUGACUGUUGGGAAAUUUGAUGGAGUGCACCCAUGCCUUACUGCAGCCACACAGGCCGGAAAGGUUUUCAUUCAUAACCCUCAUGCCCGUGGUCAGAGACCUGUGGCUCACCGACUCAGCCAGAGCGCACAAGACUCUGACAUCUCACUCCUCAACAUCAACCAGGCAGUCACUUGUCUGACGGCAGGAACUCUGGGCCCAGACACCACUGGGGACACGCUGUUAGUGGGAUCCCAGACAAACCUGCUAGCCUAUGAUGUCCAUGAUAAUGCUGAUAUCUUCUACCGAGAGGUGGCGGAUGGGGCCAACGCUAUUGUUUUGGGGAAACUCGGGGGUAUCCCGAAUCCUCUCGCCAUCAUUGGAGGGAACUGUGCUUUGCAAGGUUUUGAUUACGCUGGCAAUGACCACUUCUGGACUGUGACUGGCGAUAAUGUCCGAUCUCUGGUGCUGUGUGACUUCACUGGGGAUGGAAAGAAUGAGCUUCUGGUUGGAUCAGAGGACUUUGACAUCAGGGUAUUCAAAGAGGAUGAGCUUGUGUCCGAGAUGACUGAGAACGAGACCGUAACGUCGCUGUGCCAUAUGCACGACAGCAGGUUCGGCUAUGCUCUGGCCAAUGGCACCGUGGGAGUUUACGACCGCACCGCCCGCUAUUGGAGGAUUAAGUCUAAGAAUCAUGCAAUGAGCAUCCACGCCUUUGACCUGAAUGCUGACGGGGUGGUGGAGCUCAUCACUGGGUGGUCCAAUGGAAAGAUCGAUGCUCGUAGUGACCGCACUGGCGAGGUCAUUUUUAAAGACAACUUUUCCUCUUCUGUGGCCGGAGUGGUGGAAGGAGACUACAGGUUGGAUGGACAGAAACAACUUAUCUGCACCUCCACUGAGGGAGAAGUUCGUGGUUACCUGCCAGCCAGUAAAGACCUCAAAGGGAAUCUCAUGGACUCCAGUGCUGAACAGGACCUCAUCAGAGAGCUCAGCCAACGCAGACAGAAUUUGUUGCUGGAGCUACGCAACUAUGAAGCGAAUGCCAAGGGUGUGUCCGAGACAAACAGUGGGAUGGGUGUCAUACCAGCCAACACUCAACUCCAGACAGCACUAUCAGUGAGACCUGCCACAGAGACUCAGAAAGCUCAUAUAGAGCUCAGCAUUUCAACACCAAACGAAACCAUCAUUCGUGCAGUGCUGAUCUUUGCGGAGGGGAUAUUUGAGGGGGAGAGUCACGUUUUCCACCCCAGCGCUCAGCACCUGUCGGGCUGUGUCCGUGUCCCCAUUGUUCCCCCAAAAGAUAUACCAGUAGAUCUGCACAUCAAGGCUUUUGUCGGAGGGAAAACUAGCACCCAAUUCCAUGUGUUUGAAAUCACUCGUCAGCUGCCUCGUUUCUCCAUGUAUGACAUCACAGUUGACUCCUCAGCUACUCCGCCCAUUGGAAGGGUCACCUUCAGCAUCAACGACCGACCGCAGAGGGUGGUGAUGUGGCUGAAUCAGAACUUCUUGCUUCCAGAAGGACUAGACUCCCCCGACAUCACUUUUAAUGCUCUAAGAGGAGGGGGGCUGUUGUCCAUCAGUAUGGCCAGCAAUGGACAGAUCACUCUGAGAACGGAUGACAUUGACCUGGCAGGAGAUCUGGUCCAAUCACUUGCCUCCUUCCUGGCAAUCGAGGACCUGUCUGCAGAAGCAGACUUCCCUGGAUACUUUGAGGGCCUACACACUACACUCACUGAGGUGGAUGAGUUCCACUCUGUCCAUCAGAAGCUAACUGCAACCAUGGCCGACCACUCCAACUACAUCAGGAACAUGCUGGUGCAAGCAGAGGAUGCUCGCCUUAUGGGGGAGAUGACGACUAUGAAGAAACGUUACAGAGAGCUGUACGAUCUAAAUAGAGAUCUGAUCAACGAGUAUAAAAUCCGCUCCAACAACCACAAUGCAUUAAUCGCCUGCCUCAGGUCAGUCAACCAGGCCAUACAGCGAGCUGGUAGACUCCGAGUUGGGAAACCCAAGAACCAAGUGAUCUCUGCCUGCCGAGACGCCAUCAAGAGUAACAACAUCAACGCACUCUUCAGGAUCAUGAAAGCUGGCACUGCAUCCUCCUGAGGGUGGAAUGGACAUAUCAAUUGAAAGAAAUAAGACAACGCACAACUAAUGCACUGAGGAUUUCUCCCGCAGAGUGAUGAGACAAGAACCACGUGACGACGUGAAGAGGCACGCUGUUGCGGCCUUAAGCUGUCGCAACAUUUGGUACGGGAAGACUUCAAAUUUCUACUUGCUCACAGAGCUAAAACCCUGAUUACAGGCUUAGUGCUCUUUGAUUUGUGAGUUUGAUUUAGUGCGGUUAAAGCUUAGCUAGGUAAUUGUCAAACUGAUUGCGGUGUAGGCUGAAUUUGGAGAGUUCGGGUGGACCAAGAGUCAGUGGCGCCCGGGGGUUUCUCAAAAUCUAUGGAGGAAAGAUAUUCAAUGAUGCUUGAGAGGAAUUAGUGUUACUGCAUUAAUCUGACUGCUGUCUAAAACUCAUGCAAAACAAAAGAAUCAGUCUUCAGGUCCUCCCAUGCACUGGCUGGCAGCGUCAGUAGUUAGGAGUUAAAUGCAUCUUCCUUUGAAUGUUCUAGACUUCUUCCAGGUAACGUUGCACAUGUUUUCUAGGAAACGUUUAAACUUCAGAAGAACAGUUCCACUGAGGCUCAACGGUUACAAUCAAAAUGAGUGCGUUCCGGGACCAGCACCCGGACUUGUUUAGCUGACAGAGAUGUUAGAGCGAGCACAGCAGGAGCCGCUGAAAUCACUGGUGGCCCUUUUAUAGCGCUGCGUCACUCGGGUCCCAGCUCUUCGGCUUUUGUUGACCCCAAAAGAGAACUAUUUUAAAUGAAUGGAUGUCACAGAAGACCAACGAUGUAGGUUGCACUGGUUUACCUUUUGUAGGUUGUAUACAGAGAUUGUAAAUGUUUAGUUGUGUAUGUGGCAGAAAUAUUUAAUAUUAAAUAUUUAUGUUUUAAACUGA